UGGCGAGCUGUUGCAGGUGUAGUGGGACAAAGCAACGACGAGCUGGUCGUCACAACGCCGGCAAAGGGAAUGAAAUGGCUGGACGCAAAGGGGCGUACGAGGAGGUACAAACAUGGGCACGGAAGUAGUGAGGAGUAACAUGGGGGGUUACGAGAUACUGAAAGGUUGAUACGAGAGGCAACGGGAAGAAAAGGUGGGCUGAAGGAACGUCGCGGGCGCAGUGGUGGAGGGGACAGGUAGAGAGUCUGAAGAUUUGGAUUGUACACAAGACGCCGUAGAUUGUACAGGUUGUAACUCAGCAUCAGUCUGUACCAGACCAUACACACCAACGUUGGCCCGUUGAGUCAAUGUCCAUCAUCAGCAACGCAUCUGCGCGCUAUUCCACGCGCAACGGUUCUGGUUUCGUGGCACCUCGAUAUCAUCACAAAGAAAUCGAACCCUGACUCGACGCGAUACUGGAGUUGUGCCCUGUUCCACACUUUCCACGCCCCCCUGUCCGCUGCGAUCAUCACGGUACCUACCAUUCAAGUUUGCAUAGUAUCCAGACUUGAAGUAAACGGAUACCACCAACACCUUUUCUUCCUGCUGUCUCUUCGACUACUACUACCGUCCGUCUUCCCCAUCUUCUUCUCCACCGCACUGUGUCCCAGCAUCCCGGUGACUAGCCUCGACGUGGUGUCUCCUGGAAGCUCUUUUACAAUCCAUCGUCCUUCACUUCUCGCACUGCCGCAACCUCAACAUCGCACAGACCGUUCCUCCUCGACCCAACCAGCACUGCUCCUUCGAGUCCGUCCUCCCCUGCUUCUCGAUCGACCGAUCGUCACCAGAGAAAAACUGAUCAGCGAUCGAAAGCAGCUAUCAUCUUGUGUGAAUACAGGCUCAGCUGUACUCGACAUUGGUUGAACUAUUGACGGCAGCCGUCAAAUUUCAAUCGUGGCAUGGUCCCACACCCCGACUUAACACAAGACUACCGUUCCGGUCCGAACUUCGGUAAACAAUAAUACUGUGAUCUUGUGGUCUACGCACGGUUCACAACCUGUUUACCACUUCCUCGACGCUCGAACCUCAUAGGUUUCACCAUCUCGCGCGUUGUUGACAAAUUCCGUGGGUGGUAAACAAGAGUGUGCUGAUCAGGUGCUACCGAUGCGGGUUACUCGAAGACAAAGAUAGAAUUUCCCAAGUUCUGGUACUCCAUACAGACAUCGACCUCUGUCGCGCGGUCGUAAGCGGUCUUGCAGAAAAUCUGGUACUUGAAACGCUGCGCUUCCUCCCCAGCGGCUGGAUUCCAACGACCUUCGUCCUUUGGACUGGAAGCUCCACCUUCCCGAGACCACGAUCACGAGCCAUGGAGAAUACGUCGGCAUUGGACGGCGACUCCGGCUCGCAGGGAACCGCCUAUCCCUGGGUGCUGGAACAUUUACUGGCAUAUCCAGGGACUUAUGAGAUCCCGUUACGCACCAUGUACACACUAAACGCAACAACCCAGAACCAACAACAGUCUCCCAAAUUACCACCGUCCACUGGUAUCCCCGGAAAUGCGUUCCCCCGACCAAACCAAGAUGCGGUCGACGAACAACAAACCAUGAGCACUGCGACAGCAGCUGCGCAAUUACGAGCAAAUCUGAUGGCACACAUCUCACAACUGCCGUCACAGCCCACUUCGUUGCCUCCAAGCUUCAUCACCAGCUUCGUCCGUCGUUGUUUUCCCGCCGAACUCGACCAAGUCGACUUUCCCCAAGCUUUGACCGCCAUGGAUUAUCUGAAAGAUCUGGAAGUCCGACGCAGACGUGAGGUUGUUGCAGCUUUUGAGAAACUUGGUAUUGACAGAGAGGACAUUGGCUAUCGCGACAAACUAGCACGCAAGUACCCGGGAGUAUUGCAGUGGGUUACAGACAUCGAAGAGAAGGAGCGCAGGGUCCAACAACUGUACACACAUGUAUACCUCGGUCUGCGUAGAUGGACGCUGAUCAAUGAACUCUCCCUGACGCCAUUCAACAAAGCCAAUUGCAUUGCAAUGCUCAACACCCUCUAUCCACCUAUCAACAUCCACUCGAAGCAGCAGUUUGUGCAGCCAACGGCUGACCUCACACCCCGAAUUCUUUCUAAGCAACGUGAAGGCUUCUUUCUCUACAUCAAAGCCGUCGAACACAAGGGCCCCGGAGCUCUGUCGACGUUAAUUGCCGGCGGCAGGAAAGAAGGAGAUCCGACCGGCUGGAAGAGUCUUCGGGACACGCUGGACAAUUACCUUUGCAUGGCCAACAGUAUCAUCGAAGAGUGCUAUGAGAUUACUGGUCGUGGUCCAUCUCCGACUGCGGCCUCUUUUAGUUCUAUUGAAACCGAAGAAGAUGGCCGGCGAAAGGUGGACUCGGCGAUUUCUUUCGGAUCUACAGCUUCUUCCAAGCGCAACUCGAGUCAAAGCCACGCCACACGGCCCAGUACCAGCAGCAGCUUCAGCACUACCACCAGCAGCUUCAAUCACAACCGUCAAGUGUCAAGAGAGAAACAGUUGCCAGAGAAGCCACUUCCUAUUCCCAGGGAUGAUGAGGACGAUGUUACGGUCACCCAGAAGUCAUCUGGGUCAACAUUGGAGCGUAUCGCGCGAGAACUUCGAAAGAUCAAAAGCCGCAACAACGUCAAGGAUGACCCACGUCCUCGGACCGUCUCGAGCCAGUCUGCCGAUGCCACGAUGGUGGACGGUUCAGGGCAGCCUGUCUCAGGUCCCGCGAAAGAUCGUAGUCUCAAGCUCAAGCGGAGUCUACGGAAGAUGAGGUCGAAUACCGGUCUUCUGGAUGGAAGCAGCUUCCGGCCGUCGAGUCGUGGUGACGAACCGACCACUCCCACCCUGCCUACGUUUGAUGCAGAGGAGAUGAAGAGAAAGAGAGCCGAAUGGGAGUCUCAGCAGCAUUCAUAGGGGAAAGGCAGCGCUGAGGCGGAGAUGAGUAUUUGAGGAAGGUAGACUCUCGCCGAGUUUUGUUUCAUCCUAACGGAUAAUGUGUUACGGACUGGAUUGGGUUGGGUUGGGUUUGAAAUGAGAGGCGUUCCAUGGAUCGCGGCUACUGCUACCGCAUGAAGACUUGAGGACUGGGAGCAAACGGUUUAAUGACAAAGUAUGAGCAUGACAGGACUCGGAGCACAGGAUGUGAUUGGGUCCAAGUUUUUCCGGGCGCUGGCAAACAAUGCGACUUGUAGAACAUUGGCAUCAGACAAGUAAGGCUCUCGCGAGCGAAAAUACCUAUGACGAUUACCAGAAAGGA